AUGCUUUUUUUUAAUAUGCCUGUUUUUGUCUUGCAGGUUGCAGAAGCUAAGGCCCAGGCAGAGGAAGCUAAGGGCAAAGCUCAAGCUGCUCUGGAUAAAGCCACAGCCACAAAGAACAAAGUGGAACACUCCAACAACAACCUCAGAGACCUCAUCAAACAGAUUAGGGAGUUUCUCACCCAGGAAGGAGCAGACCCAGACAGUAUUGAGGCCGUGGCAAACCAAGUGUUGCAGCUCUCCAUCCCUGCAUCGCCGCUCCAAAUCAAACACCUCGCCGAUGAAAUAAAGGAACGGGUCCACAGCCUGUCCAAUGUGGAUGCCAUCCUGCAGAAGACCCAGGAUGAUGUUCGCCAGGCAGAGAAACUGCUGCUGGAUGCCAAGAGGGCGAGGCACCGUGCCGAGGGGGUGAAGACGACGGCAGAGGCAGUGAAACAGGCCUUGGAGGAUGCGAGGACAGCUCAGACCUCAGCAGAGAAAGCUAUAGCUAAAGCCAAAUCUGACAUUGUGGAAACUGAGAAUCGACUAACACAGAUUGAGUCAGAAACAUCCAAUGGUGAGAAGAACCUGAAUGACGCCAUGGUCCGCCUGGACACUUUAGAACAAGAGAUCAACACCCUGAAGACCAAACAUGCCAGCAACAGCAUGGCAACAGCUCGAGCCGAAGAAACGGCCACCAUGGCACGAGACAAGGCGAACGAAGCCAAACAGAUUUUAGACGGACAGCUGAGAGAUAAAUACAACGAGGUGCAGCAGCGAGUUGACAGCAAAGCCAAGGCUGUGGUGGAUGCCAAGAAAAGGGCUGAGAGUCUAAGAGAAGAGGCAAAGGAGCUGCUGAAAGACGCCCAAAACAAGCUAAAGAGACUAGCAG